AUGGGGUUACUGUCAUUUCUGUGCUUGCUUAUUUCAAUUAUAGCAUUAUUCAUACGCUGUAAUUCAGUGUCUUACUUGCAGCCCUCAUGCGCUGAUCAUGAGCGACUGUCGUUAUAUAAGUUCAUACAGAGUUUCCGCGUUGAUUGUAACUAUAAGUUUUCUCCUUUUGCGCGUCCUAAGGUAAGAUCAUGGAGCCUUGUCGACAAAGGGGACGGCUGUUGUUCAUGGGAUGGAGUAAAGUGCGAUGAAGAAACAGGUCAUGUGAUAGGGCUUGACCUCAGUAGCAGUUGCCUUCAUGGCACAUUCCCUCCAAAGAGUUCCCUCUUUGAGCUUACUUAUCUUAUAGACCUUAAUCUUGCUGAUAAUCAUUUCAACUAUUCUCAAAUCCCUUCUAAAAUUGACAAGUUUCACAACUUAAGAAGACUUAACCUUUCUAAUUCAGCAUUUAGUGGGCAAAUACCAUUAGGUAUCUCAAAAUUGUCUCAGCUCACUGUCUUAGAUCUUUCGAACAAUGAUGAUUUUUCGGUUUAUAGUGAUUUUAAUUUGAGACUCGAUGAUCCCACCUUCGACAUGUUAGUUCGGAACCUAACUAGUUUACAAAUACUUAACCUGCAACAAGUUGAUAUAUCCUCCCCAUUUCCGACCAUCCUCACAAACCUCACCUCUUUGAAAGUGUUGUCGUUAGAACUAUGUGAUGUGUAUGGUGAGCUUCCACCAGAGAUCUUUCGGUUACCUCAGCUUGAAAUCCUAAAUUUGCGAGGCAACACCGACCUCACUGGAUCUCUUCCUCAUUCCCAAUGGAGUAGUUCUCUCAAACAACUUCACCUUUGUUUCACAGCACUUUCAGGAGAGUUUCCGCCUUCAAUUGGGAAACUACCUCAACUAGAAAUACUCGAAGCAGCACGUUGUCAAUUCUCAGGACUGCUUCCGUCUUCUCUUGGGAACCUAACAAUGCUCACUAUGUUCAAUCUUAUCGACAAUAAUUUCCAAAGUGACAUCUCUUUCUCCAUCACAAAUCUAACAAACCUUCACUUCUUAGUUCUACCAUCUCUCAAUGUAAGGCCUGGUGAACUAUUGUCACAGUUGCAUAAGUUGCAUAAACUGACCGGCCUAGGCCUUUCCGGACUGAAACUAGACUCUGAGAUCGCGUCGUUACUAGUAAAUUUUACGAAAAUCCAACUUCUUGAUCUAGGAAAUACUAACUUAAAGGGUCCAUUUCCAAAAUGGUUGGCUAAUCUGACUCAGUUAACUGACUUAUAUCUGAAUGAUAAUGAACUAGAGGGUCCAAUACCACAGUGGGUAUCCCACCUCACUAAUCUUAAUUUACUACACUUAUCCAAAACCAACUUGCUUGUUGAAUUUGACACAUUUUUUAGCCUAAAAAAUCUUGUUGAUCUGGAUUUAUCUGGUACCAAGGUAUCUUUUCCUCCUAAUUCCGAGACAAAUUCCUCUCUUCUAAAACUCGAGAACUUGCAACUUUCUCGAUGCAACUUGAUCGAAUUUCCACAAGUUCUGCGUUAUCAAAAUCGAUUGCAAUACUUGUCACUUGACGAUAACAACAUAUGGGGUAGAAUACCGCAAUGGUUCGUGGACAUAACUAAAGAUAGCCUCUCAAUAAUCACUCUUUCUGGAAACAAUUUGAUAGGUUUUGAACAACCUACAAUAGUUCUUCCAUGGAACAAUUUGAAAGUAGUUGAUCUAAGCUUUAAUAAGUUGAAAGGUCAGCUCCCUAUUCCGCCAGUAUCUACAAAGCACUAUUCCGUGUCAUCAAACUUGUUCAGCGGAGAUAUUCCCAACCAAAUUUGCAAUGCAAGAUUUCUACGCUCACUCGACUUAUCAAAAAACAAAAUGAGUGGGAAAAUACCAUAUUGCAUCAUAAGCCAGCUUGGUGACCAUCUGCAAGUGUUAGACUUACGAAGCAACAAUAUCCAUGGAGCCAUCCCGCAAGCAUUUUCUUCGUCCUGCAGAUUGAAGAUGAUUAAUUUGAGCCAAAACCAACUACAAGGUGAGCUCCCAAGAUCACUGGUUAACUGUUCAAUGCUCGAGGUGCUUGACAUAGGGAGAAAUCAUGUCAAUGAUACUUUCCCAUCAUGGUUAGGGAGACUUCCAAAGUUGCAAGUUCUUGUUCUGGGCCAUAACAGCUUUCAUGGAAGUGUUGUAGACCCAGAAUCUGAUCUUGAUUUUCGCUUCUUGCGUAUUCUUGACCUGUCCCACAAUCUUCUCACCGGUGAUCUACCAUCUAGGUAUCUUCAAAAUUUUCAUGAAAUGUGUGUCUCAAAGGAAGAUCAAUCUACUUACUCAUAUACCAAGAUAACUUUUUUCUCAAAGGUGGGUCCUAAGAUAUUUGAGAAUGAAAAAAUACUCGAAUACUCCAUUACUUUAACAAACAAAGGCAAUGAAAGACUUUAUGUAAAGAUUUUAAAAUUGUUCAAAGUCAUGGACUUGUCUAGUAAUAACUUCACAGGCAGGAUUCCUAACAUAAUUGGGAAUCUACAAGGGCUACAAGCACUCAACUUAUCCAACAACAAUCUCAAUGGAAGGAUCCCAUCCUCACUAGCCAAUAUAACUGACCUUGAAUCAUUGGAUCUUUCCAUGAACAUUCUCUCGGAAGAAAUUCCUCCUGGACUGUUACAACUAACAUUUCUCGAGGUUUUCAAUGUUUCGUACAAUCAACUUGAAGGUCCAAUACCAGAAGCAAACCAAUUCAGUACAUUUGAUGCUAACUCUUAUGUGGGGAACUUAGGAUUAUGUGGAAGUCUUAUAUCCAAGAAGUGUAGCAAUAUAGGUAAUGCACCACUGCAAAAAGACACAAUUGAUGAAGGCAAUCAGGACUCUGAACUGGUUGAUUGGAUCAUCAGAUUACUUGGGUGUCUUAGUGGUUGCAUAGUUGGUUAUGUUAUUGGGAAACAGUACAUCACUGACAAGUACAAUGAAUGGUUCAUGGAGACCUUUGGAAGACAUAGGCCCAAGAGAAGAGUGCAGAAAGCUUCAAGACAAAGGAGAUGA